GAAUAGAAGAAAUCCGGCAGAAUGGAGCACUUUCUCUGAUUCUUGCAAAAUUUUGCUUUUUGCUAUCAGUUUGGGCGAGUAUUAUAUGUAAUUCAGAAGCUUAGCCGGAGACUUUGGUAAAUUCCGUUCGAGAACUGAAUCGGCUCCAGCUGUCUGGUAAGUUUCUGUCAUUUCAGAACUCUCUUUUUCACCUUGCAUUAUUCUCUCUUUCUUUCAAUUUCAGAAAAGUCUUUGUCACCUCUUAAUUUCAACACUAAUGAUCAUGUGCAAACAAAUUUGCCCCAACGUUUUUCAAUGUGACAUUGUUUGGUUGGAAUGAUCAAGAUUGUACCUUCACCCUUGACAUUUCAAGCAGAUUAUGCUAAGCUCAAGUUAGAAAUUCAAUGGGAAUCUAUGGAUUUUCUGGGAAUAAUGGAUGGGAUUGGAUCUUGUACUAAGUUCUUAAGGAUUGUAGAGGGUAUGCAGGUUCAUCGUGUGUGGUUUGCUGGUUAUUAAGAUGGUUUUUUGUCCUUGAUUGUGGCAUAUAUGAAACAUAAUUUUCGGUCCUGUUUAUGGCAAUGCCUGUGGAUGUGGAUGGGUUUUUGAUGAUAUGCUUAUGAGAAAUGUGGUCCCUUGGCCUUGUACUUAUCUUUGAGAGCAGUAGAUAAACGAUUAUUUUAGCAUACUGGACAUGCCAUGGUUAAAAAGUAUUUCAGUUUAGGGGAAGGGUAUUUGGGGGGUUGAUUUUUGAAUGAACAUUUAAUGAUUUGAAUGUCGUUGGAGGCAUAAUAUGUGUCUAGUGUGAGUAUACCAGGAAGGCAAAGACAACUUUUAAUUAUCCCAUUGAAAUUAGAUUUUUCCAGCAUCAUAUAAGUGUACUGCUACUGUGUGAAAGUGAUGUUUGGCUCAAUUGAAGCGGUAUUACAUAUUUUUAUCUCCUAAUGAAAUAAAAAUUUCUUC